AUGGGUAGCGAUUCCAAGUCGACGGCCCGACGGCCCAACUUUCUGUUCAUUCUGGCCGAUGAUCUGGGAUUUACAGAUGUUGGCUGCUAUGGAAGUGAAAUUCACACGCCUAACAUUGAUCAAUUGGCCUCGGAGGGCAUUCGCAUGCUCAACCACCAUGCCGCUGCCGCUUGCUCGCCCACGCGCGCAAUGCUUCUCAGCGGAACUGAUGCUCACCUCGGUGUUUUGAAUUUCCUGACUAAAGUGUCCGUCAUGGGGAAUAAGAUCGUGGGUGCCAUUCACAAGUAUUACGACAACUCAUAUGAAAACCUUGGAUCGUUCAACUCCUUUAGCUGGCUCGGACCGCUGUGGGCGCAGGCCUCCACUGCCCCCUCCCGACUGUUCAAAUCCUACCCAUCUCAAGGAGGUAUCCUCGUCCCUCGCGUCAUAAAGCCACCCACCAACACGUUCCUAUCAAGUUACACGGCGGGACUUGGCAGGUGUCCCGGCUCCCCUGCUUUGGAAACCAACACCUCGGUUCGCAAAAUGGCAGCCUUCCGAGGCAAGGAGGUCCACGCCAUACGGGGUAAAUCAUGGGUCCCACUCUUUACCCAAGGGAAGAAGGUUGAGGAAGACGAGAUGUCGAUUCAUAGAAUCGAGAUAUCCCAGAUCCAUAUUGCCAUCUUCUGA